UGUGAGCUACCACAAAUUGAUGUCUCUCUUUCUUUUACAAUAAUAACAGCCCUCACUUAUGUCACUCCUCUUCCUGUCACAGAAGUCGGGAUUUGUCUUCUUAAUUAUAUGCAAUCUUUAUUUCUGCUGUUUAGCCUCUAGAGCAAAAGUGAUGACCCAAAUGGCACUUCCCAGUCGGAGGAGGGCUGUACAUUUGAUUGUGUGUGUGUAUAUGCGUGCUCGUGUAGUGCUUUGGGCAGGAGAGAGCAGCUGUAGAUGAAAAACCAGUACACUGUGCUUCUCACUCUCUCUCACACACAAACACUUGUAAGGAUAGGCUUUUUUUUAUUUUGUGUUGAUCGUAAGGAAGGAGAUCUGACUGGCAAUAGACUGCUGUGCAUCUGUCAGGGAAAUGAAAAUCGGUCUUCACAGUUCCCAGCUCUGAGAGUUUCUCUUGUACCCAUCCUUUCUGAUGUUUUACUUGGUUUUGUUCAGCACGUUUACUCAGACCUUAAUGCUUUCUUUCCUAUGUGGAGCUAAUAGGGCAGAUGGGCAACAGCAGCAACACCUGAUGUGGCAUGGAAUAUGGGCACCCUUCAUUCAGUUGAUACAAGCAGAUGGACAUCUGCUGGGAUGCGAGGAUGCUACUGUACCCAGCCCAAUAUUUUUUUUAUCUUAAGUUGAAAACAUGCAAAGGCUGUAGAUGUGAGUAAGAAGUCUGCAAAAUGUUUAUUUUCAGCUGCUAAGAGGAAACUUUGAAACACUUUGUGAAAAUGCAGUAUCCUUUUUUGUAUUUUUAUUCAAAAUGAAGGGUUAGCUGCAAUCUUACAGCAGCAAGAAAGUCCGGGAUUUAAAGUACUGUUGGUGACCGUGAUCAUUGCAAAAAUCACCCAUAAAUGUACCAGAUUUUCAGAUAGUCACAGUCUCUCCACUUGAAGGCAACAUGAGAAACAAAUUUGUUGGAAUCUGGAUUUAUAACUGAGCAUGCACCUCCUUCUGGGUUGGCGAAGCUUAAUCUACAUUCAUAGGCAAAUUCAUUGCCAUUGUGUGAUACCAGAGAUCCAAAACUCUGGAUUAAGGAAGUGAGGGGAUGAUCAGUGUUGUACAUAUCAUAAUGCAGGCAUAUAUGCUAUGCCACUACAAAAAUGUUCCAAGAAAGUAAAUGAGUCCCAUAAUUUCCUUUUGUACAUACUUUAUUGUUCAUUUAUUGGAUUAUAAAUGAACCCAACAGGCUGCAGUACUCAUUUGAGCAAACACUUUUCUAGCUAGAGUUCAGAAAUGAUUAAAAAAAUGUAGGUUCCUGCUGAGGUGUGGAAGUGCAAUGCAUAUAUCUGUGUGAGAUGCACUGAAUCAGAAGACAACCAUGGGUGACAGCCAUCCUUCACUGAGUGAAGGUGAGUCCAUUAUAUCUGUGUAUGUAACACACACGGAUUCACCCACCAUGGACUUCAAUGGUGAAGACACAAAACUGAAUGACCUCUACAUUGAAGAAGAAGAAGCAGCAGCUGAGGAUGGAAAUACUGAAACACCUUGCUGUGUUGAGCAGAUUGAGUGUGAAAGUAUGCGGACUUGUGUAAGUGAACAUGUCGAUUCAUCGAACAGCUCGUCAAAUUCAGAUGAUCUGGACAUUUCAGAUGAUCUAGACAUUUCCAUGAACAGUAUUAAACCUGAUGAUGAGAGCAACACUAAUAUGCUUUUGUCAGAUUCAGAGCUACUUGAGGACGGGAAUCACAUGCCUUUGGACCACUCUAGUGAUGUCAUUGAGCAUAUUGUAAAGGAGCUUCAAGGAAUUAGUGAGCUUCAAGAAGAAAUAGCAGGACUGCGACAGCAUUUGAGCUCAAUAAAAGGAUCUAUGGAUGAGGUUUCCUGCUGUGUUGAUACUGUACUGGGGGACAUAGAGGAUAUGCAGAUUAGUUUUUGGGCCUCCAGGAAACAUUCAGCAACUAAACCAUGCCCCAUAUUGCGUACACCGUCAAAAAAUAGAGUAUUUAGCUUGUAUUUCCAUGAAGUUCCCGAACUUCCUGAAGAAAAGACAACAGAGGUAAUAAAACAUAUUUUAUCAGACUGUAGUUUUUUUAAUGCUGCAAAACAUGACUUUGCAAUCUGGGAAGCUUGUAGGGAAGGUACUGCUGCAGCUGAGAGUGGAACACCAAGACCAGUCCUUGUGAAAUUUGUACGCAGGGAAGACUGGGACAUAAUUCUGAAAAACACUUCUAAUAUUUUACAACAUUCAGGUGUUAGGAUUUCCAUUACUGGUCAAGGAUCACAACGGAGGCAGUCACUGCCCUUAAUGCAAGGGUCAUCAGAAAAAAAAUCGAAACUGAUGUCCUGCAGUUCAGUAGACUCAGGUGACAGAAGAACCGCAGAGCUUCGUAGACGUGAAGCAGUUUACAGGGAAGUGUCUGGUUGCAUGGAAGUAAAGUCUCCAGCUAAGAAAAUGAGUCAUGUAGUUGAAUUGCAUAAAAAGGUCCCACACAGCAGUUUUUCUCCACAGCAUUUUCCUGUAAAAUCUUCAGAAUACUUGUCUAAAUUACAUAACCGAGACAUUCCAGACAAUUCUUCAUUACUGAGUCUAUCUCCAUUUCACCAGAGAAGUACCUCCAGGCAUCCUAGGCUGUCAGAACUAGGUAGUUAUUCCCAUAGCACGCUAGAAGAAGCAGAUACAGCUGAUGACUUUCUUAGUGUACAGAAGGGAUCAAUUUCUGGUGUUUUUGAACAACAAACAAAAUUAUUAAGGACAGACGUAAGGUCAGAGUCAAAUGAUUUCAGGUCUGAAAAGCUAAAAGUGCAAUCGGUAAAUGACUGUAAAAGCAAAGAGUUUCACAACUCUUCAUCUUUACUUGGUGAUGAAGCUGGAAAAAGGAUUCCUGUUUUUCCGGGGAUUCAAGUAUUGAAGACUGUAUAUGCAGACAUUGGUGACCAAGAACAGUUGGAUCAGGCACUAAGGGAGGUUUAUGAGAAUUCUCAGUAUUACCUGGGCUCUUCUGAAGAAAAUAUUGAUCUUGUGGACAUGAAGUUUUAUGUCAAUAAGCUGGGGAAGGCUUUACAACACUUUCGAUCUGCCUUGAAGGAGUUGUUUCACAGACUGGAAAGUACUGGUUCUUUUACUCCAGAAUCCUUCCCCGAGUCAAAUCCAGAGAACUUUCAAGCAGAAAUUUGCACUUGUCCAAAACGGUCAACAAUGGAAAAUCUGCAGAAUGGAGAUGUAUGUUUCCCCAGGGAAAGCAGUUCAGAUGUCUGCCAAGAAAACAGUCAAGAUGACCAGACAGGCAAAUUAAAUUUUUCAGAAUGCAAAGGACACCAGUGUUUUGAAUCUGACAGUAUGUCACCAGGGUGCCAUGGUUCACCUCAUUCUCUGUUAUCGGUACAUUCCAUAUCAGAGUCUUGUUCGGACAAGACCCAUCCAACCUGUAGUGAGGGACACGGUUCUGAUUUUCAUGAAGACCAAAGCGGAAUUUCUGAGUGCCCUGCUCACAACUUAAAAAAGAUGGAGCAGGUUUGUGCUGAGACCAUAUAUCUUAACAAGUGUUUAAACAACUUUAAGAAUGUUCUAAGGGAGAAACGGCAAAUGCAGAAACAGUAUCUGAAAGAUGUUGUAUGGGACUCUUACAGGACAUCAGUGGAUGAGUGGAACCCAGAAGAAUUUGGAGAAGAAGCACAGGCUCAACUUGGAAAUGAAGGUGAUCCAUCAAAGCCACCGUGGGUUAAAGGAGGGCCUGGAGGUGGGCUAUAUGGAAUUGACAGCAUGCCUGACCUACGUAAAAAGAAACCAAUCCCUCUUGUCAGUGAUUUGGCCAUGUCACUGGUCCAGUCAAGAAAGGCUGGUAUUGCAAUGGCAAACCGUACCUCCCUUAAGGAUGAAGAAUUGAAAAGCCACGUUUACAGAAAGACACUUCAAGCCUUAAUUUACCCCAUUUCUUCAACAACACCUCACAAUUUUGAAGUCUGGACUGCCACUACUCCUACUUAUUGCUAUGAAUGUGAAGGGCUGCUAUGGGGCAUUGCUCGGCAGGGAAUGCGUUGCACUGAAUGUGGGGUCAAAUGUCAUGAGAAGUGCCAAGAUCUGCUCAACGCAGACUGUUUACAGAGAGCAGCAGAGAAGAGCUCCAAGCAUGGAGCAGAAGACAGAACACAAAAUAUUAUCAUGGCCAUGAAAGACCGGAUGAAAAUCCGAGAGAGGAACAAACCAGAAAUCUUUGAUUUGAUCAGGGAUGUGUUUGAGAUGGCCAAGAUCCCUCACACUCAACAGAUGAAAACAGUAAAACAAAGUGUUCUUGAUGGCACUUCCAAAUGGUCUGCAAAAAUCACUAUAACAGUGCUCUGUGCCCAGGGUUUACAAGCCAAAGACAAAACUGGAUCCAGUGAUCCAUAUGUAACCGUUCAAGUUGGUAAAACCAAGAAACGAACAAAAACCAUUUAUGGAAACUUGAAUCCUGUAUGGGAAGAGAAAUUUCACUUUGAGUGCCAUAACUCGUCUGACCGAAUAAAAGUACGAGUCUGGGAUGAGGACGAUGACAUCAAAUCUCGAGUCAAGCAAAGAUUGAAACGAGAAUCUGAUGAUUUCUUGGGGCAAACGAUCAUCGAAGUGCGGACUCUGAGUGGAGAAAUGGACGUCUGGUAUAAUCUUGAGAAGCGGACAGACAAAUCUGCUGUUUCUGGUGCUAUUCGACUACAGAUCAGUGUUGAAAUUAAAGGAGAAGAAAAAGUAGCUCCUUACCAUGUGCAGUACACCUGUCUCCAUGAGAAUCUUUUCCAUUAUCUUACUGAUGGUGUUGGGAGUGGAGGGGUAAAGAUCCCUGAUGCCAAAGGAGAUGAUGCUUGGAAGGUUUACUUCGACGAGACUGCCCAAGAAAUAGUGGAUGAAUUUGCAAUGCGCUAUGGGAUAGAAUCCAUUUACCAGGCCAUGACGCAUUUUGCAUGUUUAUCUUCAAAGUACAUGUGUCCUGGUGUGCCGGCAGUGAUGAGCACCUUGUUAGCAAACAUUAACGCAUAUUAUGCACACACGACUGCGUCCACAAAUGUUUCUGCUUCGGAUCGCUUUGCUGCUUCAAACUUUGGGAAAGAAAGGUUUGUCAAACUUCUGGAUCAGUUGCACAACUCUCUUCGAAUUGAUCUUUCAAUGUAUCGGAACAAUUUUCCAGCAAGUAGUCCUGAACGGUUGCAAGACCUAAAAUCUACCGUGGAUUUACUGACAAGUAUUACUUUCUUUAGAAUGAAGGUUCAAGAACUACAGAGUCCACCACGAGCCAGCCAGGUGGUUAAGGACUGUGUGAAGGCCUGUCUGAAUUCCACAUAUGAGUACAUCUUCAAUAACUGCCAUGAGUUGUACUGUCGUGAAUACCAGAAUGACCCAAAUAAAAAAGAUCUUCCACCAGAAGAACAAGGUCCCAGCAUUAAGAAUUUAGACUUUUGGCCUAAGUUAAUCACAUUAAUCGUGUCAAUAAUAGAAGAGGAUAAAAACUCUUAUACCCCUGUGCUGAACCAGUUUCCUCAGGAGCUGAGUGUAGGUAAAAUCAGUGCUGAGGUUAUGUGGAAUUUAUUUUCGCAGGACAUGAAGUAUGCCAUGGAAGAACAUGAAAAACAUCGUCUUUGCAAGAGUGCUGACUACAUGAACCUGCACUUCAAGGUGAAGUGGUUGUACAAUGAAUAUGUGAGAGACUUGCCUGCCUGCAAAGGGAGCAUCCCGGAGUAUCCAGUGUGGUUUGAACAGUUUGUAACACAGUGGCUUGACGAAAAUGAAGAGGUGUCUCUGGAGUUUCUGCACGGUGCUCUGGAGAGAGAUAAAAAGGAUGGGUUCCAGCAAACAUCUGAGCAUGCUCUGUUUUCCUGCUCGGUCGUUGACGUGUUCACGCAGCUAAAUCAAAGUUUUGAGAUCAUCAAGAAGUUGGAGUGUCCUGACCCAAAUGUAGUUGCCCAUUACAUGCGGAGAUUUGCCAAGACAAUCGGCAAGGUGCUUUUACAGUAUGCAGAUAUCAUUUCCAAGAGUUUUCAAUCUUACUGCCUGAAGGAGAAAAUACCGUGUAUCCUGAUGAACAAUGUUCAACAGUUAAGAGUCCAGCUUGAGAAGAUGUUUGAAGCCAUGGGUGGAAAGGAGCUGGACAGUGAAGCUAGCGACACACUGAAGGAGCUUCAGGUUAAACUGAACACUGUUCUAGAUGAACUCAGUGCAGUCUUUGGAAACAGCUUCCAACCUCGGCUUGAUGAGUGCAUUAAACAAAUGUCUGAUAUACUUUGCCAAGUGAAAGGUACAGGGAAUGUCCCUGCAAGUGCUAGAAACACAGUGGCUCAGGAUGCAGACAAUGUCCUCAGGCCUCUGAUGGACUUCUUAGAUGGCAAUUUAACGCUGUUUGCCAAAGUCUGUGAAAAGACAGUGCUGAAGAGAGUUCUCAAGGAACUCUGGAGGAUUGUGAUGAACACAAUGGAGAAGGCGAUAGUCUUACCGCCGUUAACAGAUCAAACGAUUAUUGGAACACAGCUCAUAUUCACUGCUGCCAAGGAACUCGGCCAGUUGUCUAAACUGAAGGAUCACAUGGUUCGGGAGGAAACAAGAAGUCUUACACCUAAGCAAUGUGCCAUUAUGGAUCUUGCACUGGACACAAUAAAGCAAUAUUUCCAUGCGGGUGGAAAUGGAUUAAAAAAGACGUUUCUGGAGAAGAGUCAGGAUUUGCAGUCCUUGCGUUAUGCACUUUCUCUCUACACACAGACCACAGACACCCUCAUCAAAACGUUUGUUCAGACUCAGACUUCUCAGGUGCAUGAUGGGAAGGGGAUUAGGUUUACUGCUAAUGAGGACAUUCUUCCCGAUAAGGGUUCUGGAGUGGAUGAUCCAGUCGGAGAAGUUUCACUUCAGAUUGAUAUUUUCACUCACCCUGGAACUGGCGAGCAUAAGAUCACGGUGAAAGUUGUGGCAGCAAAUGACUUAAAGUGGAAUACAACCGGCAUGUUCCGUCCUUUUGUCGAAGUUACCAUGAUUGGGCCUCAUCUCAGUGACAAGAAAAGAAAAUUUACCACCAAGUCCAAGAGUAACAACUGGGCUCCGAAAUACAAUGAGACAUUCCAUUUCAUACUUGGUAAUGAAGAUGGGCCAGAGUGCUAUGAGCUGCAAGCCUGCGUAAAAGAUUAUUGCUUUGCUCGUGAGGAUCGUGUAAUUGGCAUAGCGCUCAUGCAGCUCAGAGACAUAGCUGAUAAGGGAAGCUGUGCUUGCUGGUGCCCACUAGGUCGAAGGAUUCACAUGGAUGAAACAGGACUUACAAUUCUCAGAAUACUUUCACAAAGAACCAAUGAUGAAGUUGCAAAAGAGUUUGUCAAGCUAAAAUCAGAAAUUCGAUCCCCCGAGGAAGGCAGUUAAAAGAAUGUCUUUGUCGUUAUUCGUUGGGUCAUUUAUUUUGCUGAUAAAAUGAUACCUCGUGCCAACAUGUGCAAGUGUUUAUUUUUAUAUGUUUUUGUUUAUUUUAAGUUAGACAUUGCGCACUAUUUUAUCACUGUUCAAAAAAUAUAAAGCAUGUAUUGUACAGUUAACAGUCCUCUUGUGAAUACUUUAUUUAUAGUAGCCAAAAACAGUAUAUAGAUGCACAUUUAACUACUGUUUAAAAUCUGAUGUGUACAUAUAUGUAUAUACAUAAACAAUAUUUUAAUUACAUAGUUUAUGUACUCUAUAUAUGAGUACAUGUUUUUCUGUGGCUGAUUGAGCACUGUGAUAUCAUCCUCGGGAUGAGAGCAAGCCCUUCCUAAAUCUACAAAAUAUUAGGAGGCUAUGUUAUUCAUCUGUCUUGCACAUGACUGCCAAAGGCUAUUUUGAAUUUAUUUAGAUAACACUAGUACAUUCCUUUGCAAGAAAAGAUUUGUAUGAAUAUAAUGUGAUGGUUUGCAGUAUAAGGCCCUGGUGUAAAAAAGUAGUGUAGAUUAUACUGCAUGUCACAGAAUGUUGAACAAAAUGUCAAAACGUGUGCACUGGCCACCAAAAGAAAAGAAACAGAGAAUCUGUUUGAAAUCUUAUGAUGUUGGUGAAAUGAUAACUUUUGGCCUAUUUCUGAAAAGUAUUAUGGGAAAUGCCCUCACACAUAGUAAUCUCUGUUAGAUAAUGUACUUCAGAAUAAAUGUAGUUGUCUGGUAAGUUUCCAGUGCGGUUAAUCCAGAACUGCUCUAGGGCAGUGGUUUUGUUUGCAUUUCAGUCCACUAAUCUAGAAGCACUUUUAUUUUUAGACUGGGCAGCUGCAGUAGUUUAUUUUUUGUAACGAAAUGUGAAAAAUUCCUUCUAACCACACUACUCAAACUGUGGGUCAUUCUGCUUGUGACUGACGUAUUUUAAGAAGUUAGGUUUUGGGGGGGGGGGACUAUGUGAUUUGUGUAUGUAUGAUUGCGUCUGUUUUCUAAUGAUGUCUUCUCUUAACAAAAUUAUUGCACUAGCGUAGAAAAAAAGAGGACAAACUGUGCGCCUAAGCAAAAGCGUUAGUUGCACAGAAAGUGGAUUAAACGUCGAGUAACUGUUUACUAUGUCUUUGCUCUCCUUUAGAAUUGAUGUUCACAGUAUCGGAGCAAUUCUAGGACCUAUCUUAAAUACUGUUCCCUUGUCACCAAAUGUCUUACUACUCCUCAGCAUUCAGAAUAUGUAGUGUUGUUACACUGUAAAUCUAAGAAUUAAAUGAUUGGGUUUGUGCAUACAAUGUACUGUAAUAACCCUUAAACAAACUAAAGAAAUGCAUGGGAUGCUAUAUUCUUUUACUCUCUUUUUGUAAUUUUCUCAACAGCAAAAAGUAAAUGGAAAAUGUAUUAAAACAUCUAUUUGACAUGCUUUUAGAAUUAACUUUCACUGACAACUUAGUGUACAUUUAUGUUUGAUCUUUUACUGUUGCCUACAGCUGUGUUAUAAUCACUUUCUGAAUUAUAAUGUGACUUCUAAAAUUCUUGAAGUCGUAUGUGCCAUCAUCUGAGAAAAGGGAAAUAGACUUUCAUUUCCUUAUUCAAUAAAUUGUUUUUAUGCUGCAUAAACUAUGUGACCAUUUUGAUUGUGUCUUAGCUUUCUUUCUGUCAUUGCUCUGUUUUCAGGAAAUAAAUGUUGUAAAUAAUGAAGCUGCUGAUACUGCAAUACAUUUAAAAAAGCAUUCAACAGCUGCAGAAAACAAAUAUUUGAUAUACAUUCCAUUCUGUUACUGAAGAUUAAGCAACUUGUUUCUGUCAACAUUAAAGUAACAUGCAAAUGAUGUCUGUUGUGUAUGUAAUUUGAAUUAGUUCUGAUUUUUAAUAAAUGACAUAAGACUAUAUCCUGACUAAAGCUGGGGAAGUGGAGUAGAUGAUCUUUGUUUCUUCAAAUAAAUCAUUCAGUCAUGAAAGA